AAAUAACAACGAUCGUUUUCAUCCCUUCCGGCGCUCAAUCUUCAAAUGAUUAUGGACCAGCUCUGGCAAACAUCGGGUGUGUUUCAAAUGCAACCAAAUGAGGGCAGUGGAGAACCUUUACCUUAUUCAUUCCGUGAGAGGAGCUCCAUUCGAAUUUCAUUAGCGAACGUCCUGCGGAUGGAGGCACUGAAAUCCAUACACAAUGAAUUCUGGUCGAUGGCCCGUUCCCAGAAGUGCAUCAGGAGCGAUGUGAGGAAAAGAAAAAUUUUGGAUUUCGACAUUUCCAUGGUGUUAGUCCGGAAAAAGGCCAAUGGUAUUAUCUUGUCGAAGACGAGAACCCAUUGUCUCCUCCAAGCCCUUGAGACUCCGCCAGAGACUAUUCAAUUUAUCCAAAAAAUGAUCAUGAUGUCAGGGGUCUCGCUUAGUUCACAAGGGAACAUGCAUGAGGCUAUUAAUAUUCAUCUCCAUAGUUGGCAUCAAGGAAGGAAGAUCAUGGAGAAUAUGGAGACAACAAUAAACUGCAUCAGGAAUUUACUGGUCCCUGUAUGGGUGUAUACAUUGGGGGAUGGCAAGAAAUCGAGUGAUGUGACGUGGGACGGAUGAGACAUCAGAUGGCGGGAGUGACAGCAACUCGGAUAGAACGCCACGGCAGUUGCCUCCGACGAGCUUUCGAGUGUUGGCAUAACAAAAAAUUGAUACAUCGCUAGCCAUUAGUCGAGGAAAAGGGGCAUCAAAA